AUUAAAAUUUCCAUCAUAUAUUCUCUCAGGGCAACUCCUACCUGUUCAUUAUGUAUGUCAUAAAUGUAAAAAGUUGUACUAAUUUAACCGUUAGUCUUAGUUUGAGUAUGUAGUUGUGUUAAUUAGCCAGACAAAAAUUGUUGCCAGCAUAUGUAGUCUUGUGUCAGAUUCAUAUAAGAGUGUUUUUUGUGAAACCAAAAGUAUAUGGCUAGAAUAGGAGCUAUAUAUAUAAACGUGAAAUUAUAGGUAAAAAAGAGUGUAUAGUCCAAUGUUCUCUGCAAUCUGCAACCUGUUUUGCACUUUGCUUUUGUUGUGUUUCAUAAGGACCAUGCAUCUCUGUGGAAAGAGUUGAGCUGGGAAUCAGGCAGCAAAACGGUCCCCAGUUCAGAUAACAACCACCAAAACAAAAUUUCACCCUUUCAUUUUCCUUAUCCCAUCACCCCAAAAGAAAAAGCUAGGGAUUCUCCAAUUCAGCCCCUUCUUCCGUGUCCUUCACUAUUCCCAAUCCUCACACACAUAACCCAAAAAUCACCCACCCCCACACAACCCCAUCAAGAUUUCAGCACAAAGUCUAAAACUUUUCACAAAAUUGAAGAGACCCGGUUGAUUUUUUUUCUGUUCGGGGUGAGCCAUCGAUCGAUCAUGACGCAGCGGCGGUUUCUGGACACGGAGCUGAGCAUGCCACCGUCGUACGGCAACAACACGCGCGACACGUUCAUCAGCGACGCCAACUUCGACACCAACAUGGUGAUCAUUCUGGCGGCUCUACUGUGCGCUCUGAUAUGCGCGCUGGGGCUGAACUCCAUCGCGCGGUGUGCGCUGCGGUGCGGGCGGCGCUUCGGCGACGAGACGGAGGAGCAGGCGGCGGCCCGCCUUGCCGGAACCGGGCUGAAGCGGCGUGAGCUCAGCCGCAUCCCGGUGGCGGUGUAUGGUGCCUCCGGCGAGACUGUCCCGGCGACAGAGUGCCCCAUAUGCCUCGGGGAGUUCGAGAAAGGGGACAGGGUUCGAAUGCUGCCCAAGUGCAACCACGGAUUCCACGUGCACUGCAUUGACACGUGGCUCCUCUCCCACUCCUCCUGUCCCAACUGCCGCCACUCCCUCCUCGAGAAACCCGCAGCGCCGGAAAGUGGGUCCCGCCGUAGGAGCGACGUCGUGGUGUUGGUGGAGCCGCCGAGUUGAAAGACAAUAAUAUCGUGAAAAAGUUUUGGUGAAUGGAGGUUGAGAAAUUUAAUGUUAGUUGUUAGAGUAGUUAUUAGUUGGUUAUUAAUAAAUUUGAAGUGAUCAUCCUUACACACGUUUAUUUUUAUUUAUUUUUUUAAAUUAAAACAUAUGUUAAUGUUUGUGCUGUGUAUACUAGUACGUUGGAUUGGAUACAAAAAAACAAAUCUUGAAAAUGUGCA